AUGCCGCAAAAAGGGCAGACCAUGGGGAAUAUUGGACAAUUUCUUCCUAAAAAGGUCAUACCUACUGUUUCAGAUGCGACUUCUGCUGCCACUGAGAACUUUGGCAAGCUCACCCUCCUACGGUUCCUUCUUGCUGUCAUUGUGAUGGGCGCCCAGGCCAAGAAGGCCAAGGACGCAGAACCCAAGAAGCCACCGGCCAAGGCCACAGAAGUGCUGAGUGAUAGCAAAUCAUCCGGUGACAACGAUGAUGAUGACGGCCCCCUGACCUUUGAGUGA